AUGCUGCCCAGCACCGAUGCUCAUCAUCAGAGUGCUUUUGUUCCAGUCCUGGGCUAUCUGGAGACUGGCCAGAUAACAGGCUGUCAGACGGCACAGCAUCACAGCAGCAUCAGCAGCAGCAGCAUCAGCAGCAGCGGCAGCGGCAUCAGCAGCAGCAGCAGCGGCAUCAGCAGCAGCAUCAGCAGCAGCAGCAGGGACUGGAAGGACUUUGUUAACACAGACCAGGUGCCACAGUCCUCCCCUGUGGGGUUCUGGGAGGCUAGUUCCCAGAUGCUGACAGAGGAGGCCAGACUGCCCCAGGACAGCCCAGACACCACCCUCCGACUAGGAGAUGCGUCGUCCUCAAUGUCCCAAACAGCCGUCCACACCGACAGCGCUUACACUUCCACAGCCAUAACCCGAGCUGGAGAGAGGAACCUGCUGUCUGUCACCUCCUCUUCCAGCAACAGCACCUCCUCUGCCUUUACAGAGGACUCCAAAUCACAUCAGCCUCCUUCUACUUGGGGUAUUUCUGCUAGGGCUACAGAGACUGAGGAUUACACCCACAGUGCCCCAUCCACCAGGACUGACAGCGGGGACACAACAGACCAGCACAUGACCCAGUCCUUCAAGGGGACGUUUUCAGAGACCGGGAGCCCAGGGAGCAGCAGAGGAACCCAAAGUUUAACCGGGCAACCUAAUGCCACCCAGCAUCAACACACUUCAACAUCAGAUGAGACUUCUGACUCGACACCGCCUCUCAGACUGACGGAGCCCAGCACUGACCAAUCUGAAGUUUCCGUUUCCUCCACACCUCCCAUCACCUCUCCUGCAAAAGGUCCUACAAACGUCUCAGGGACAGACCAGGGGUUGGGCACUAGUGUUAGAACUUCCACCCAGUCCUCCACUGAAGCCCACAGCUCCAGCACUCAGAACCAGGAGAGCACUGAGGGGGUUUCAUCCCAGACCAGGGAGCAAAGCGAGGACUUGGGUCUGACCGCAGCACCGCCUACAGUCAGCAGUAGUACAUCUGAACUGGACGACUCUCUCACAGACACUCCAGUGCUGGUAACUGAGGCCUUCUUCACCACCACACCUGUCACCGUUACAGAAAGAUCACAGAUAACAGAGGAAAACACUUCCAAAGCCAGUUCCUCCAGCACCACCACCACAACUACCACGACCACCACUGCGCCUCAUCUACCUGCAACCUCAUCCUCAUGGUUCAGGAGCACCACCAGCAGCUCUGCUCCAGGGCCACCUACCGAGGACACUAUCCCAUACACUACACCCUCCACCACAGCCUCCACCCUGGCCCUGCAGACCAGUACAGCGCCCCCAACUCACCGUGUGCCACCCAGCCAAACUCAGGGGCCUUCAACUGGGGUGGCUAACCCCACAAACGUCACCACCCUGCACAUUGAGACAAGCACGGGCACUCUGGGAAUCACCACGGCUCAUAGCCAGCACAUCACCACCACCUACACCCACAGCACCCCAACCAAGAGUACAGAGGCCAUGCAGACCACUGGGAAACAGACAGACCACAGAACCACAGAGCAGGUGGUGACCACAUUUCCCACUGACGUCAGAUCUACCAGGGCCCCACCACCACCACCAAGAAACCCCUGUGUGUCAAACCCUUGUAUGAACGGAGGGAUGUGUGUGAGCUAUAAAGGGCAUCAGUUCAUCUGCCAUUGUCAGCAGGCAUGGACAGGGCCGACCUGCAACCAGGAUAUAGAUGAGUGUGAGAAGGACCCCUGCCCCGUUGGGUCCACGUGUGUGAACACGCGAGGUUCCUUCAGCUGCGAAUGUCCACUCGGCUUCGACCUGGAGGAUGGACGCACCUGCACCAGAGCAAAGACAUUCCUGGGAACUUUUAGUGUUAACAGACUCCCACAUGACCCUGUUGUCUUCAAGAGCACCACCGUGCAUGAGAUCCAGAGAGAGAUCAUUCAGCUGCUCAACGCUUCAUUGUCAGUCCUCCGAGGUUACAGCCGCUCAAUGCUGAGCAAGAAAGAAGAGGACGGGAUUCGCAUCUCAGCUGUCAACAUGUUUUCUGUUUCCACCAAUGUGACGAGUGCUGAGGUCUACAACAGCAUCCAGAUGUCUCUCAGCAACUGCAGCUCCUCGAUGGCCCACUGCCGGAUGGUCCUGCACCACAAGCUCACUUAUCACGUGGAAAGUCUGUGCGUGGCCCAGAAGACUCAGUGUGAUACGGAGCGCUCCACCUGCACAGACAGCAGUGGCACAGCCCACUGCCAGUGUCUUGAAGGAUACUACAAACACAACCCUGAGGAUCUGUCCUGCUUAGAAUGUGGGGACGGCUACAAGCUGGAAAACGGCACCUGCAUUCCGUGCAUGUUUGGAUUUGGAGGAUUUAACUGUGGAAAUUUUUACAAGCUGAUUGCAGUCGUGGUGUCACCUGCAGGGGGCGCUCUACUCCUCAUCCUUGUCAUCGCUCUCAUUGUCACCUGUUGCAAGAAAGACAAGAAUGACAUAAACAAGAUCAUCUUCAAGAGUGGAGACCUGCAGAUGUCCCCAUAUGCAGAUUUCCCUAAAAGUAACCGCAUAUCCAUGGAGUGGGGCAGAGAGACCAUAGAGAUGCAAGAGAACGGCAGCACGAAGAACCUGCUGCAGAUGACGGACAUUUACUACUCUCCUGCGUUACGUAACUCAGACCUGGACAGAAACGGCCUAUACCCGUUCACAGGCCUGCCGGGCUCUCGCCACUCAUGCAUUUACCCCGCCCAGUGGAACCCCUCCUUCAUCAGUGACGACUCACGGAGAAGAGACUACUUCUAACUGCCCCACCUUGAACACGCACGCAGGAACCUACCAUCUCUUAUACUGACAACUCUGAUGUGUCAUUAUGGUUUUCUGUCACAGUGACAGUGCUAAUGUGUGAGCCACACUGUUUAAAGAGUCCAUCUGCAUUCAGGGCUGCACACAAACUAUGUAAACGUGUGUGUGUGUGUGUGUGUGUGUGUGCGUGUGCAUAUUAUGUAAGUGCACAUUUUUGCAAGUAAAAUGUUUCCUGAGAGUGUUCUUGAAUGACCAUUUCAAUGUUUUUGCAUGUUUUAGCUCAUUUACUUCACCUCACACAUCACAUUAUUGCUGUUGUGUCAGACUGCUUAAUGUGUUUUUCCAGCUUUCCAGCAGCCACUGAUUCUCAUUUACUCCGCAGUGUAAUGAAAAACAAUUUGCAGAUGCUUGAAACGUGCUUGAGGUAGUUGAUCCGUGACGGUAAACAUUAUAUCUUCCAGUUAUAUUGUUGCUGCCUGGUAAUGCAGCACAGACUUGCUUAAAAAAUCUGCACUGCAUUAAUGCACAGUGAUAAAUAAAAGCAGAUACGGUGUUCGCUGUGUUCACUAACAGCACAUAAUGUGAAUUAUUGACCUCCAGGAAUGUAGGAAAAACACAUUUGAAUUAAAUAAAGCAGUAUUGUAAAGCAUAUCUGACGUCUAACAAAUAGGCUUGAACAUGCAAAAACACUGAAGUGGUCCUUAAAGUGCUGAAAUAUGAAUGAAAUGUGCAUGCCACUGCUGUGAAUUUUCAGUUUCUUCUUAGAUAAUAGUCUGAGAAUAAAGUAUUGAGGGAAAAAGACAAUAACAAACCACUGAAGGAUGCACAAAGUUCUGUUUAAUGCCAAAAGAAACUGAAAAACGACUUUGAAUUCUGAUGCCAACUUUUAUUUAUUCCCUGUAUGUCCGAGUCCUUGACAUGUAGCAUAACGGACCACUCAUACAUACACACUGACAGACGUAAGAGGGAUAAAUCCAUUGCAAGUGUGUGUGUGAGAGAGUGAGAACGUGUGUAUUAAGUACUGCUGUUUGUGAGGUGAGUGUAUGUGUGAGAGGAAUAAUUAUCUAUAUACUAGAAGGAUCAUAUGUCAGUGAGUGUUUGAAUGUAAAGAUGUAUCAUAAUUAGUUUGCUAUUUCUGACAUGGAGUAUUAUUUUUAUGUGACUAUUUUCUUCCUUUGUGUUUAUAUGAUCUGUUCAUUCUGGCGUUCUAGUCAGACGUGCUUAUUUAAAUAAAAAAAAAUUGCACAGCA